GGUGUGAGAAUGACAGCCAAAAAACAGGCAUAACGCGCGUGCACCAUGGGAACGCGCAGCGACGCGGCCCGCAGCCGUCGCCGGGCAGCCCAUCAAUAGCCUAGAUCGAUGCGCCGCGGCGCGCGGGCAUAGGAAGAUGCAACUAAAGGUGCUGCUGCUGCUGCCCUAUACUAUAAAGGCGGCCUGCGACCUCACGAGAGGCAAGUGGGUGCGCGACGACGACUACCGUAACCAAGCAAUACAGCACUACAAGCAGUGCUCGCCCAAGCUAGCGAUCCGGCCCAGCAGCCGCCAGUGCGGCAAUUCGCAUCUAGCCUGGCGCUGGCAGCCCGACCGAUGCAAACUGCCGCCCCUCGAAGUGCGGUGGUUCCAGCACUUCACUUCUAAAAAUGUUUUAAGUUUCGUCGGGGAUUCGCUGGCCGGAGACCAAUUCACGUCGAUGGACUGUUUGUUGUCUGCGCGAGAAGCUUUUUUUUGGAAGCGCGAGUACCACAAGCUCCCAUUCUUGGUGGACGAGGACUACUACCCGGCGUCUUCCAUAAAAACGGCCUUCCUGAAAAGUAGGAAGGACGAGGCCGCGUUAUGUAUGCGAUCUUAUAGACGACGCCAGAUCACGGCCAAUUGCACGAUAGAUGCGGUGAUCGUGCAUCUGCGGAACGCGCAGCGCAUUUCCACUUAUGCUAGAUCGUUUCGACGAGUUUUAGUUUUGAACGCGGGCCACCACUUCGGGCACGAAAAACUAAAUGUGUGGUUCAACUACAGUAAGGGGCCGAGUCGCUGGUCCGAUUUGGUGGAAGCGGACAAGUCCGCGCCGAAAGACGACGAGCGGCACCCUUCAAAAGCGUGGGAGGUGGCUCUAUCUACGGUACUGCAAGCCACGCAGUCGCCGAAGUGGAAUAGCUUCACCGUCCUCCAGACGGUCUCGCCGACGCACUACACGAGUGGCGGCUGGCGCGACGGGGGUUCGUGUGGCGCGACGGAGCCCGCGACGUCCGCCGGCGAGUCGUACCGAAAGGAGUUCGACGCGCAGCGGAGGGCCGCCGACGCCUUCAUGCGCAAAACCACAAACGCGGCGAAGCACGUGCGCGUGCUCGACGUCUUCAACGUGUCGGCGCUAAGACCGGACGCGCACCCGGGUAGGUACGGGGAGCUGCGGCCGGGCGUGCGCGACUGCAGCCAUUGGUGCCUGCCCGGCGUGCCCGACGUCUGGAACCAGUUCCUCCAGCACACGCUGCGCUGCCGCGCGUGCGCGAACGGCGGCAAGUGCCGGCCGGCCUACGUCCAGGACUGCUAAUUCGAUGAUUGCUUUG